CAUGCCCAUAUCCGUCCACGUUGCAAGAAAAAUAAAAUAGGAUAAGUUCAAUUAAGUUUGAUUUGAUCUCUACCACACGUUCAGAAUGAUGUUUAAGAUCGUGUUGUUAUGGUUGUUGGUAGCUGGGGAGAGAUGUGGAGCAACUGGACCUGAAAGCACACCAACUGCAACAGCAUGUACUGAAAGGCUGAAACAAGUACCCGGACACACAGCAUGUCUCAAGCCCUCACCGCUUGUUAAAGUGUCAGGUGUAAGUGAAGAUGAAAAGAAAAUAAUCAUUGACGAACACAACCGAUAUAGAAGCAUCGUUCAACCGACAGCAACCAAUAUGCUGAAAGUGUACUGGAACGAGGAACUGGCGCUCAUAGCUCAGGCCUGGGCCAGCAACUGCAAGGUGGAACAUGACGCCAUGGGCAACAGAAACAUCCCCGGGGUGUACCAGAUUGGCCAAAAUUGGGCAAUGGACUACCGUAACUGGACACAAUCUAUAGCAGGCUGGCACUCGGAGGUCAAGUCCUUCACGUAUAACGGAACUAACGUACCAGACGAAGUGGGGCAUUACACACAGCUGGUAUGGGCGGACACAACAAGAGUAGGAUGUGGAUUCGCCAAAUGCAACACUACGCUGUUCUAUGUCUGCAACUAUGCCCCUGCGGGCAACAGAGGUGGAUAUAAGAUACCGUACAAGAAAGGGACGCCUGCAGCCGAGUGCAAACAAACAGACAACCAUCUUUGUGAUUGUGGAGGGAAAGCGUGUGAAAAUGGCGGUACGCUUAACAGAACAACGUGUGCCUGCAAAUGCAUCGUAGAUAACGUCUACGUAGGCGAUGUAUGUAAACUUGACUGCGAAAAUGCAACUGUUAAAGAGCCAUAUUACUGCAACCAUACCGCCUACGUGGAAGAAAACUGUCCCAGAAUAGCUGAUGUACCAGACCGCUGCCCUAAGCUGUGCCACAAGUGUCCAUAUGGUGACUACAGAUACGAUUAUAAUGAACGUAAGCCAGGAACUCCUACAACCACGAUCACAACCACGAUCACAACCACACCGAAACCUCCACGAGUGUGUAAAGACAAAUUUAGUGUUCAUCGUGGUCAUUCCGCCUGUCUACAGCCUUCAAAACGACUCAACCAGACCGUAGCAGAUAUGAAUAUUUCAUCAUCCGAUAUAGAGCUGAUACUUCAACAACACAACAUGCACAGACAAAACGUGACGCCGUCAGCCAGAAACAUGAUGAAAUUGACUUGGGACGCUGAGAUUGCCAUGGUUGCACGUGUGUGGGCGGAGGCCUGUGAAGAGGGCUCAGAUGAACCAUCACAUAGAACAAUUCCUGGUCGUUUCCGUUUAGGGCAAAACAUUGCCGCUGGUUUAGACAGUUGGACAGACGCCAUCAACACAUGGUGGCACUCGGGGAAGGAUUUCGUGUAUGGCAGCAAUACCAAUGUUGAUAAAACAGCCCCUUACACACAGCUCGUGUGGGAAUCAACAACAAGAAUUGGGUGUGGUUUCGCGGACUGUGACGGAAGGUUUGUUUAUGUCUGCAAUUAUGGACCAAGCGGCAACACGCGUAAGGACAACAGCAAACCUUACACCAACGGUACAACGUGCGGUGCCUGCACUAGCAACUGUGAUGAUGGACUUUGUAAUUGCGGCGACAAGUAUUGUGAAAAUGAUGGUAUCAUGGAUCCUUCUGAAUGCACGUGUUCCUGUAAGACGGAAUUCAAUCAACACCCCGGGUGCACAUUGUCCUGUGAUGACGUCACAGAGCCAUUCUUCUGUAACGAAGAGACCUUUCCGGACGAUGCGUGCACUAGGAAUCCCCUAGCCCAGGUCUUCUGUCCUAUCCUGUGUAACGUAUGUCCAUAUGCCGAUCCUAAUUACGUUGAUGUGGGUGCGACUCCGCCCCCUCCCACACACCCCCCCAUCGACCCCUUCCCGUGCGGGCCGAUCCAAGCUGCUGCUCAUCUUGAAGUCCAGAUGAGAAUUGUAAUUGUCAGUUUUGUAAUUGCAGUCACAACGUCAUUGUUUUGAAAUCAUACAAAAAUAUGACAUUACUGUAUUCCGUACUCGGUACGGACUAGCUACGAACAUAACAUAAUAAUUAUUUCACAAAAUCUGGUAUAAAAUAAUGAUCAAAUGUUGUUUUGCACCUUAACCAAAGAUUUCGAGUAGUUUUUCAAAUUUGUUUACAUAUAUAUAUAUUUCAUCUGCAAGUCAACUGAUGCCUUUAAAGAUAUGAUUCGCUUAAUACAACAUGUAUAUGAUAGUUUACAUAAUCAAAAUUUCUCCCCAUCACUGUCUGUCAUUUGUGCAUGAGAGAAUGAGAAUGAGUUAAAAUGUAAUAAACCUGUUUCGCCAGAUAA